CAGAAAUCAAGAAAACGAAAUACGAAACAUUGCCAGACGGACGUGUGUAGAUCGGUCGAUCAUCGGCAAUAGCUAUAUACUAGAGGUUGAAAUCCCAAUCGUUGUAGAAUCGACAGACACUACGUUCGGUCUCUUAUAUAUGGCGACGAGCGGCUGCUGCGCAUUUGUACUCGCAUUUGACUUAAAAAACAACAGAAUUGGCAGUGUUUCCAUUACCAGAGAGAGUAAAACUGUACCAGCGGCCACAGAGCUGUAUCAACUGUGCCAGAGCUGACAGUGGAAAAGUAUACAGUUAAACCAAAAGGAAUAUCAGAUCUGAUCAGCUUCUCGAGGAGGAGAGUUUAAAAAGGUUAGAAAAAGGUGGAUACUUCCAAUCCGCGAUUCAAAAGUAUUCCCAAAAUGAAAGCCAACAGCCAACUGAGGAUAACCGUGUGGCUCUGUGUGAUCCUGACAAUGAUCCAGGACCAACCUAUCGAGGCACGCUCCCGUGAUCUCUGCACGGUGCAGCCCAGCACAAAUGGACUCUGUGUGCCGAGCACUUUGGGAAUCUACUUUGAUGUGGAAACGCAGCAUUGCCGAUUUUUGGGCUGCGGCAACAAGCGGCUCUUCGCCAGCCUCGAGGACUGCGAGAAGAUAUGCAACAGCAUAAAACAUGUUAAGUGGCGCAGUCGAUCUGGUGGCAAUGAAACCACAAAAUGAAUAUACGUUAAGGAUUUUUUUGUUUGAAACAA